AUGACAAAACUGUGGGAUACCAAAACCUGGGAGCUGCAAGGAGAGACGAUCGAGUGUCAAUUUGUCACCUGUGUACGGUAUUCAUCAUCUGGAAAACUUCUUGCCAUCGCAACAACAAAAAAUAUUCAAAUUUACAAUUCAGGCACAAGGAAACGCAUCACAUCCUUCGCGGGUCACAAAUCAUGGAACUCGUCACUCGCGUGGACGCCCGAUGGCACACGCCUGCUCACAGGCGGCAAUAAUUCUGAUCCUACCUUACGCGAAUGGGAUACAAAAACCUGGAAGCAGGUCAGUGAUCCUUGGACAGGCCACACUGACUACAUCCAAGCCAUUGCCAUUCAUCCUGCUGGCACACUCGUCGCAUCCGCAUCUAGUGACAACCAUGUUCGUCUCUGGCAGCUCUCAGAUCGACAAACCAUUGCCGUCUUCAAGCACUCAUUCGCCAAUUUAUGCGUCACUUUCUCCAUGGACGGCAAUCACAUCUUCAGUGGAGGUAACGAUAAGAUGAUCUCAGAGUGGACAACUAUUGCCACCACAGCAGUCCUCGAUGCAUGCAUAGAUAGAGACGUAUCUACUGACGAAGAGCUACUCAUGCAAGAUAUCAAUACCGACGCGAACAACCAUACUCCCUACGUCCAUCGCUCAAAGGCAUGUGUCCGUUCUCGACUCAUAUAUACCACAAUUAGAGCGUGUUUCGUGCAGAUCCUAGCCAUCACGACCUCCCGUAUUGCAUGUCUAAAUGGAGACUUAUCUACCGCCGAAGAACUACUCACUCAAGAUAUCAACACCAGUCCGAACAACCAUACUUCCUACGCCCAUCGGUCAUUCGUCAUGGCGCGAAAAUGCGACUGGGACCGCGCCCUUCUGGACGCAAUCAAGUCCAUCAGGAUUCAGCCCUCAUUGACAGGCUAUAUCUCCAAGGGUAUUGCCCUCUGUGGAAAAGGCCGGGUCCUGGAUGGGAGGGCAGCAUUUGAUGUUGCAUCCAUGUACACGGACCAGGAUUCAGAAAUCACUCAUUUUCUGCUAUUGAUCAAGGCCAUCGCGCUCUUCAAUGCAGAUCAACAUGACGAGGCAAACCUGCUCCUCAAAGAGCUCGCUGCCGGUUGUCCGAAUACCGAUACUCUCGCACGUGAUAUCGUGCAAGUAUAUCUACACGUUCAACUCGCCUUGGAUGAUGCACGUUAUGACGAAGCCGGCGACUAUUUCACUGCCGCCAUCGACUCCAGCGAUUUAUCAUCGGAAUCGGACAUUCAUGACAUAUGUGAAGAUUUGGUGGUGCUCUUUGGCUGGGACCUGAAUUCAUUGUGGCGAAAGGCACAUCAUAAACGCUGUGAUGCACUCCUCCGAACGGGUAAACUCCAAGAUGCCGUGAAAUCAUACCAACGCAUGAUGACUUCAAGUGACGAAAUCACCAAGGCCGACUGCCUUGAUUGGUCCAACGGCGAGUCUAGAGCCAGUAAUGCCGCCGCACUCUGCGCUGCCAAUGGAGAGGCUGCCUUCGCUGCAAGCGAUUACGACAAGGCUAUUGACCUAUACUCGAUGGCGAUCGACCUGGAUUAUGCAUCCGAUAUCCUCUUUGCAAGUCGCAGCGAGGCAAAGUUGAGUAAAAUGCUUUGGGAGGAUGCGCUCCUCGAUGCGCGAAAGGUCACCGACCUCAAUCCUUCGUCUCAUCUUGGGUACCAGUUGUCACACUCAGCGCUGCGUGGCGCGCAACGUUACGAAGAAGCCAUCGAGGCCUUCACGAUCAUGUUGUCCAAGCUGGACGAAGCUCCCGAAGCUCAGAUACGAGAUCUGCGUCAGCAGUACGUCCGUCCAUCGGAAGCAGAAGACGCUAUUCGAGGAGCGGUUUGGAUCGAACUUAGCAACGCCCCCCUUCGUCUGCUCAACACCUCUACGGGUCUUUUGUGCGACCGAACAGCACAGCUGAACUUCCUCAAAACAAGUACAGAAUACAAAGAGCUUUUGUCAUCCAUAACGAAGCGUUCUGAUCUCCAAAUGGAACGCAUCAAGGAGGUGGUGGCAAUGCACUUCCGUUGCGUUUUGCUAUCACACAGGUGGGAAGAGACGGAGGCGCUGCUGCACCACAUCCAGGACAAAGCGGUGUACGAGUUGGAUGGACUCGGUGGCACCGCGAAACUGCAGUCAUUCUGCAAAAUCGCUCGUGAUGCGGGGUAUUUCUGGGCGUGGAUGGAUACAUGCUGCAUCGAUAAGAGCAACAACGUCGAGCUUCAAGAAUCGGUCAAUUCCAUGUUCGUCUGGUACCGUCACUCAGCGCUCACCAUAGUCUACCUAUCCGAUGUUCCUCCUUCAUCCCCGUCCAGCACACUGGCGAACAGUAUUUGGAACGAACGAGGAUGGACCUUUCAAGAAUUCGUCGCUCCCCAAGUCGUUGUAUUUUAUCACAACGACUGGUCAUUAUAUCGAAACGAUCGCACUCCCAACCACAAAGAGUCCCCAGAAAUCAUGAAGGAGUUGGAGGGUGCGACGGGAAUAGAUGCACAGGCCCUGAUCUCCUUCCGUCCAGGGAUGAGAGACGCUCGAGAGAAGCUGCGAUGGGCAUCAAAACGUGUCACCACGAUGCAGGAAGACAUCGCAUACUCGUUGUUUGGUAUCUUCGACGUCCACAUGCCUGUAAUCUAUGGCGAGAAGAAGCAAAAUGCGCUCGGACGGCUCCUGCAGGAGAUUGUGGCUAGAUCGGGCGACAUCAGUUGCCUGGACUGGGUCGGACGAUCGUCCGAGUUCAAUAGUUGCCUUCCAGCCGACAUCAUCUCAUAUGCGGCCCCGCCAUGCUCUCUACCAUCAUUGUCUGAAGAUGAAAUUCAGACAGCAGUCUCUUUGUUGCGAAAUAUUGUGCCUGUGAAUUCAGCUUUAAAGUUGUACAACCUGCUCGAGAACAUGAAUGCUCCACUCUUCGCAAACUGCAGACUCCAUCUGCCUUGCAUCGCAUUCCGUGUCACGGAAGUCAGACGAAGGUGGGGUCUCGCUGCUCAUUUCACGUAUGGAGUGAAAGCAGAUGGGCUUCGAGACUUGCUGAUCACCACGGACGAGACCCUAAUUCAAUUCUCGCGCGCAAGACCCACUCGGCAGACUUUCUUUCUUGUCCGUCCAUGGGAUCGUCGUCUCUUUGAGCUGCCUGAUUUUUCAGAGCAGCCCACCUUUGCAGACGAAGGGGAGAGCGUAAGGGAUUGGUCCGAGUCCCAGUCUGGAUUAGACGACACUGAAGAGUCGUCCAGCAACUCACCUGGAGAAGAGGAGUUGUCAGUUGACUCGGAUGUUCACUCACGAUCAUUGCGUUUGAUGGUUCACCUUGGGCAGGCUUUCAGCGCACUUUUGGUAGCGCAGCAACGCGUUGGAGAAUACAAGAGGGUCGCGUCGGACCAAUAUAUCAUUGCGCAGGUGAAACACCCGGCUUCGAUUGACAUUACGAACAUCAGGACCCUAGACAUAUUGUAG